CCAGCCGCUCCGUGGCAUGUAGGAUCUUCCUGGACCGGGGCACGAACCCGUGUCCCCUGCAUCGGCAGGCGGACUCUCAACCACUGCACCACCCUGGGAAGCCCAAACAUUCAUUUUGAUUCAAGGUUUUGUAGAUUCCAUCCAUCAUUCUGCUAAACCAGCCAGUGUAUGAUGAUAAAAGCCUGAAUAUUACACUAUUCUGUUGGAAUGCAGGAAAUCAUACUGUUCUUGAGGAAGAGGAAGACCAAGACCUUAUCUGUUCUAGGUGACACCUGGGAGGACUGUCACCAAAGGCCUUUGAGUUUCCAAGGCCCAGGGGUACAAACUUCACAAGCACAGCUGCAGAAAAGCACCCACAUGACCAAUUAUCUGCAACUGCAGCUGGACCAGCAUUUCAAUUGUGGGCACAGCAAAGCCACACUUGGUCUUUCCUCCACCAUCUGGGGCUUUACUGCCAACCCCGAUUCUGGAAGCCAAGGACCACUCUUCCUAGAUAAAAAAUAAAAGGGGAUUAGGAAGCUCAAGUUGUCUCAUGGUUGAGGUUGGAGGGGGCAAUGGGGCCUUUCCCACUCCCUCUGUAGGUCUGGUUGAAAUCUGUGAUGCUCUACCAGAGUGAGGUGAGCAAGAGCCUGGGAUUUGGGACCAGCUCUGCCUCAGGCCCUGGGUUUGCAAACUCCUGAUUGUUUCACUGGGCCAAGUUAUUUAUCUCCUUAGGUAUUCAGAUCUCACAUCCCUCAUCUGAACUCUUGAAAAAUUACAUCCCCAUUCCAUGUUUGUUGGGAAUAUUAAGCAACAUGAUGUCCAGAAAGCCUGAUCAGUAAAAAUGGUUUGAUAACAACUAUGAAUAUAUAACAUCUAACCAUUGUGUCUUUCUGGUGCUUUAACACUUACAAAAUGAUUGCACAUGUGUUGUUUCCUCUGAGGUAGAGCACUUUUUUGAUCCCCACUUUCUCUGGGACCCGUGUUCCCUUGCUUCCUCAGAAAGGUAGGUUGGCCAGUAUUUUCCUCUCCUUUCAACAUCCACCCUCAAGUCAAUUUUCCCCUGCUAGGUGCUCUCAGUAACAGUGUAUUAGUAACAUUCUGUAGCAAUGUAAACCCUGGCCACACAACUCAGCCUCCAGUUUAGUUUUCAUAUCCAGGUUAUUUUCCUUUUUUCCCCUCUUUUUAAAAUAAAGGGCCACCCUCACCCAUGAGGUGUACUGAUCUGUCUAUUUUAUGCCACUCCAUUUAGUUCAUAAUCUUCACUCAUCUCCAUGGCCAUGUCCUCAGUUUUCUUCUCCUUGGGAUCCACCUCUGCUCAGAUUUUCUUUUUUUCUUUCUUUGUUUGUUUGUUUUUGCGG